AUGGUCGCAUCCGAGAUGAUGUUCGGCCGCAGAGCCUGCCCUGGACAGCAUGUCGCAGAUCAGUCUCUCUUUAUCAACACCGCUUUGGCGCUGUGGGCGUUCAACAUAUCGCAGGAUUCAGCCAGGCCCAUCGAUAUAUUAGCGUUCACGGACGCCGCCAACGCUCAUCCUCUGCCGUUCGCACUCCGUUUCGUACCAAGAGUCAAAGGUUUGGAGGCAAUGCUCGGUGAUGUCUAG